UUAGUUUUAAAUAACAAUGAACUAUCAUUCUGUGAGAGUGGAUGUAAAAAAAUUUCUUAAGUGUAGUUUUUUAGUAAUCAUACUAACAAAGUAAGAAAGUUAUAAAAUACUGUAAAGGGCGGUGUAAGUGUAGAAAAAGCAGAAACAGAAAGAGAAGAAUCUAUAAAUUAAACCGUUUAGAAAUCUGGACCAACAUAAAAUCAAUAAAAACGAAACAGAUCUCAUAAAGAUAUAUUAUGAUGAUUUAUUAUGCAAUAGUCUGGCUUACAAUUUGGAAUUGGAACACAGCUGCCCAACAAUCAUCCCAAUUUGAAGACAUCCCAAUCGAGCACUACGUACACAACGACCACCAAAACGAUGAAAUUGAUGUUGAGCUGAUGCCAAGGUCUCCUAAGCUACUAUCAAUCGCACAAAAUUCAAAUCCAGAUACAAAUAUUGAUACUCACAAUCAUCGUCAUCCAUAUUUUGAAGAACUUACUAGUCAAAUUAUUAAAUCAAGGUCUAAACGAGAUAUUACAACCGAACGUCCUAUAACGGUUUUAGAAAAAAUUGGUCAACCUCUAGAACUAUUUACCGUUGACAAAGAAAAUACUACAGAUCGGUAUGUCAAUACCUCUGUAAUAAAAAAGAAUGAAACAGAAAAUAAUUUAAAUGGGACACUUCAGAUAAACGAUUUUCUGAGGUUUAGACGAGCUCUACAAACUGAUCUGGUAAAACAACAAAAUUCUAGGUCUCAAUCAGCUGGUACAUUUAUCCAAGCAGAUCCUCACGGUAUUAUCGGACAAUCCCAAAUCCUUGCUGGGGAGUCUACCAACACGAAUAACAUCACCAGAGAAACUCGUGGUGCGACUAAAGAACAAUGGGUAAAACAUUCUUAUCCAGUUCAACGUGAUGAAACCAAUUUCGAUGACAACAUUCAACUAGCUUCAAAUUCGGUUAGAGCACCAAGGGUUCAUUUUGUUACAAACGGAAUGCAGGAUAGAGAUAGAGAUAGAGAUAGAGAUAGAGACCACUUGGAAUAUAAAUUAAAUAAGGAAGCCAGAUACGCUCCCAAUACCAAAUAUUCUCCUACCGACUUAUCAGCCGAACAGAAUUAUUAUCAGCCGAGAUUUGCCAGAAAUUAUACACCAAGGGGACGCUAUUAUGACAGAUAUCCAAGUGCUCAAAGGGAUUCAUACAGAGAUUAUCCGGAGUAUAACAGAAACUAUGAACCAGAAUCUUCCAGCGGUCCAAACAGGAGAAGAAUAAUAUACUACGCCACACUUCCAGAAAUCACAAGAAUCUCAAGAGAUGAUGAUUUCAGACGCCCUUACGACAAUUAUGAUUACAGAAACCGAUAUGACGAAAGAUAUGCUCCUCCAGAGCACUAUGCUUACAGAGAUAGGUUAUACGACGAUCCCAGGCAAGAAAAUGAUCCUAAGGAUAGAAGAGAUCCAAGAUAUCCAUUGAGGGUAUCCACAGAUGUAAGGGUAAAUGAUAUAAGGAAAAAUCCAGAAAGGAGGAUAUAUUCGGAUGUAGAUAGGGCAAAAUAUGUUCCUACAAGAUAAUGAAUGCUUUUGUAUUUUAACAAUUGUUGUUAGUUAGAAUAAGAUAAUGUUUUGAUAUAAACAUUUAUACCAUCAAAGUCACAGAUAUAUUUUUUUAAAGUACUAUUCAUCUAUUUUGAUAUAGUAAACAACACAAUUCUGUCAAGUUACAAAGUAGAUUAACUUUUUAUUAUUAUUAUAACUUAUUACUUUAUAUUAAAAUAAAUUUGAGAUAAUACUCAA